GGUAGGCGUGCAUGCGACGACAGAAAUGUUGUCAUGUUAAGAAUUUAAGUUCACUAUCUUUUUCAUUAUUAUAUUUGUGUAGGGGCUCGCCAAUGGGAAAAAAGUUAUUGACGACAAGUGUGUAUGUUCUGUAUUGUCAGUAAAGUGCAGCUGAGCAAUCCAUGGUGUUGGUCGUGUUCCAUUAAAGCCACACAACGCAGAGGAUAACUUCAGCACACAGCAUCCUGCAGCCCGUGACAAGCGCGUCUUUUGCCUCAAAUACGUGACGUCAUGGGUAAUACGGGACAGUUGGCAACCCUAACUGCCAUUAAACAAAAAAAGAAGAAGCUGUCACGCCAAAUUUCUUCCCUCUACAAAAACCUUCCCUCCCCCAUUUACUUCCGUGGUCAUGUUUCCUCUUACGUCAUUGACAGCGAUCGAUAUCACUUCGGCUUUGACUGCCCGUCGCUGGAAGGAUACUUCGUCUUUGACAGCUGCUGGAAUCUGAAGAAAUCGAUUAUUGUUUUUUUUUUUGUACAGGCGCAAAACAGGACAGUCGCGUGCCGGUUAAGGACCCCCGGCAACUUUGUGAUUUUAUUGGACACAGCCCCGGAAGUAAGUGGGGGGGGUUUGUAGGUGGAAAGAAUUUGGCGUGACAAAGCCAACUUGGAAGUGGUCCAUUGAAAGGUUGCUAGCGCGACCUCCUGUACUGUAGAAUGUAGUAUGGACCAUAGGACAGGACGAAGAAGUCCCGUUAAGAAGCUGUGGAGGCCUAAGAUGCUCUACUAGUCUGCUGGAAAUCCAAAGAAGACGAAGGAGUAAAAAGCAAAAUGGCGUUUGACAGAGAAGGCCUAAACGUGGCCACUGGUCAUUAUUGUUUCUCUAUUUGUAUUUAGUGCAUACAUGUACGCAUAUAUGUCGUGUAGUAGAUGAAACAUUGUUAGUCAUUGUUUGUUUCCGGAUACAUUAGUCUGAGCGCACUUUAUGUGCUAGCUUAGCUUGCUAGUUAGCUUAGCUUGUUAGCUGCUAACAAAGAGACGCGGACGUUAUCAACACAUCGCUAAGUAGAGAUCAAAUGUGAGUGUAAAGUGUUGUGAUUGUGUGAAAAUGUGCGAAAGAACGAUAGCAAAGUAUGAGGAGGAACUUUGUCCAACACAAGAGGAGAAGGAGCGACAACAUCAACUUAUGGACGCUGUUUUCAAGAAACAUAAAGUUGUGUUACACAGAACAGACGUCCAGCAGCGCCCCCAUAUUAAAGAGGAAGAGGAGGAUCUACAGCCCCCCCACAUUAAAGAGGAAGAGGAGGAAGUGUGGAUCACUCAGGAGGGAGAGUGUCUUCUAGGGCAGGAGGAGGAUGAUGUCACCAAGUUUCCACUGACUGUUGUCUCUGUGAAGACUGAAGAGCAUGAAGACAAACCACCUGAGUCCUCACAGCUUCAUCACAGUCCAAACGUCCAGCAGGUGUCAGCAGAGAGUCAAGAAGAGAUUCCCUCCAAGCAGCAGGAGUGGAGCUCCAGUGUGGGACAGAAGGAGCUACAGGCCCCCCCACACAUUAAAGAGGAAGAGGAGGAACUGUGGGAGCAGCUUCAAAGGUUGGAGGAGGCUAAUGAUGAAGAUGAAGCUCAGUCCUUACAGCUUCAUCACAGUCAAAGUGAGGAGAACAGAGGGGCGGAGCUUGUAAGUCAACACAUCACAGAAGCUGAUGGAGAGCAUUGUGAAGAUAUAAAGUCAGAACCAGACAGCAUCUUUGCUCCACUGUCAGACAUGGACCACAUGAUGUCUGAUCACAGUGACCACAUCCAAAAACCUUUGGAGAGUAAAUAUGACUCUAAAGGUGAUACGAGACAUCACACUAACAACAAACACUUUGACUGCUCUGAAUGUGGGCAAUCAUUUAGACUGAAGAGUCAUUUUACACUACACAUGAGAAUGCAUAGUGGAGAGAAACCUUUUACUUGCUCUGUUUGUAAGAAGAGUUUCUCCACAAAGCAAAGCAUGACCGUACACAUGAGAACACACACUGGAGAGAAACCUUUUACAUGCUCAGUGUGUCCCAAAAGAUUCUCCAUAAAUUCUCAUAUGAAAAGACACAUGAGAACACACACUGGAGAGAAACCUUUUUUCUUGCUCAGCUUGUGCUAAAAGAUUCAACACUAAGAAUGACAUGAUAUUACACAUGAGAACACACACAGGUGAGAAACGUUUUGCUUGCUCAGCUUGUGCUAAACGAGUCAACACUAAGACUGACAUGAUAUUACACAUGAGAACACACACUGGUGAGAAACCUUUUACUUGCUCUGUUUGUAAGAAGAGUUUCUCCAGAAAGCUUGACAUGACCAAACACAUGAGGACACACACUGGAGAGAAACCUUUUCCAUGCUCAGUGUGUCCCAAAAGAUUCUCCUUAAAUUCUCAUAUGAAAAGACACAUGAGAACACACACUGGAGAGAAACCCUUUAAUUGCACUGUGUGUGAUAAGAUGUUCAGGUAUAGGCAGCAGAUCAGUAGACACAAGUGUGUAACAGUAAUGGAAGCUGCAGGGAUUUAAAAACACUUAAACAGUGAUUGUGCUAAAUGUAGUUUAAAAACACAGCAUGUUUAAUAUGAAUGUAUAUUUGAUGUUGUAUGUAGUGCUUCUCAUCUUCUAGUCUUAUAUGUUGUCCUGUAAUUACUUUUUAAGUUGUGUGCAUUUAUUGAAUAUUAUAUAUGUAGCCACUAUUUUAUUCUAUGUUCUCAUUGUUAAACAGAGGACAUUUUAUUAUUUUCAUUUGUUUUUUUUCACACAUUUUUUCUAUUUUAUUUUAUUGAUGUUAUUAUCCAAUUAAAAGUAUGAAUGAAUAAAAUGGUUAACAAAAUGUGGACUCUGGUAGAUUAGCAGCAUUGUUACAUCAUGGAUGUUAACUACUGUAAAACAUCAACAAAGAAGAAAAAGGCUGAAG